GGGUCCAUUCCUCCGCUGCUGGUGACCGCAGCGCGGCUCCCGGGGCCUGGAGGCCGUGUAGCACCGCGGCCCGGCCGCUGUCGCCCUGGGGCUGAGGGGAGCGGUGGCGGCGAGUCUCCCGCUCGUGCUGUGGCUGCGCCCGGAGAGUGACUCCCGACGCACGUACAAGCAAUUAAAAAUGGGUGGCCAUUUUGGAAACUUGGAAAGAGUGAGGCAUGUGAUCACUUACAGCUUGUCUCCAUUCGAGCAGAGGGCAUUCCCUAACUACUUCACCAAAGGAAUUCCGAAUGUAUGGAGGCGAUUUCGUGCAAGAGUCUUCAGGGUAGCUCCUCCUUUUGUGGUGGCCUAUGUUGUUUACACCUGGGGGAACCAAGAAUUUGAGCGACUGAAAAGGAAGAACUCUGCUGACUUUGAAAAUGAUGAGUAAUACAGUUAAUAUAGAGAUCUCACUGCAUUAAUGUCAGUGACCCUUCGUUGUUUCUAAACUUGUUCACAUACACACAAAAGGAUAUUUAUUAUAGCAGGCUGUAAAAGCUUGUUCAAUAAAUCUUAGUUCCUAUCCUGCA